AUGGAAGACGACGAUAUCAAGAGGGAAACGACUGAGCGAAUCGCGCCCACGGGCUCUCUAGACCAGGAGGACUUUGCGAGAAAGCGAGGGGUAGGAGCAUCACUCUUCCCACCUGGAAAGAGCCCCGGUGCCGUGCCCAGAGCCAGAAGUCACUGCAGGAAGUGGUGGUGGUGUGACUGUCUGGUCCUCGCUGUGAUUGUUCUCAUUAUAGUGCUGCCAAUCGUCUAUGUCGCCAUACCCAAGACAGCCCAGCACGAUGUGAACGCGUCGACUCUCGAGAUACAACAACAAAUCGUCACCGAUCCCACGCCAUCAUCUGUUCAUCUGAGGCUUGUUAAUGUUGCUCGUAGCGACAGCAGCUUCCACCCAACACUCGAUGCCUUUGAGGCUGCCCUCUUCCUUGAACCCACCGAGCCCGAAAUCACGCCAUUUGGAUAUGUCACAAUUCCAAAGACGCAAGUUGGGCAUGCGACUACAAUAAUCGUAGACCAGACUCUAAAUAUCACCAACAAGGACCAGUUCAUGGCAUAUACUGCAUUAGUGAUCGGCAGCGAUGAGUUUAGAAUCGCCGUUCGUGGCCGGACAGGACUACACCAAAAGGGCCUGUCGAAAAUCGAUGUAGAUUACAACAAAGUAGUAACGAUGAAAGGUCUCAACAAAUUGGCAGGCUUCAACAUUACCGAGUUCCAGAUCUUGCUCACACCAGAGCCCGACGGCUCGAAUAUGAAUGGCACCGUGUCCAUACCGAAUCAGUCGGUGUUGACUCUUGAUUUGGGUAAUGUCACCAUGGAUCUGUCCGUCCAAGGGACACCCAUCGGUCAGGCUGUAAUUCCGGACCUCGUCCUUAAGCCUGGCAGCAACAUCGUACCCAUGCGAUCGACCGUGAAUCAAUCACUUGUGAUUGGGUUGGUCACUAAGAAGUUCACCAGUGGGCUGCUGCCUAUCGACGUUUUGGGUAACUCUAGCGUUAGCAACGGACAGCACCUAGAAUACUACGAGGCGGCCAUCAAAAGCAACCCGUUGCACGUUACCCUAGACGUGGGCAGUGCUCUUGCAGCUCUGGGGCUAAAUAUCACCCAAUCGUGA